UUUAUCUACCUAUUAUCUGUCACAUAGAGCUGUUUCUCUUCAUAGUUUCUCUAUAUAAGAGUACAUCAGAAAAUCUUGUGAAGAGUGAGAAAUGAGAUGGGGAAAUACAAGUUCAAAAUUUCAGAUAUGAUCUCAAAUGCAUUCUUUCACAAGCUCAAAGACAUGACUAAGCAGUCUAAACCCAAAAGCAAACCUAUUUCUCCUUCUCCUUCCUCAAACACUUAUAACAAGAAAAACCCUUCCUCUUAUACUCUUCCUCAUCAGUCUCCAACCUCUCAUUUUUCCAUCAGCUUAGUAGCUAACAGUCCUCACCAUAACUCACCAAGAAACUCUCUUCACAGAAAAAGACUGAGUGAAAUAAAGACACUUUACAAGCCAUCUCUUAAACCAGUCACUCCUUUUACAGCUGAUGGUGUUAACAAGAGCAAGGUCAACGGUCAAGAUUCAUCUCACUACGCGUUGCCAGCUCUUGAAAGGUCCUCAGAGUCUUUUGUGUAUAGUUCCAGCUUCAAGAUCGACACAAAGAACAAAGCUUUCACCAAGUACAAGGUCAAAGAGUCUGAUUCCAUAGAGAAAGCUUGUCCUGCAAGUAACCUAACCAAGAAACCGCUUAAAAGCCAUCUUUCUGUGAAGAUUAAUAAAGAGAAACAACAAGAAGAUGAACCAUGCAGAGUAGAGAAGAAAUACCAAAAGCAAGUUUCUAGUGGAAGAAAGUCUUCUGCAGGGAUAAACCUCAGAAGAGUAAACUCACCUAGAAUUCAACUCUCAGGUACGCGUAGAAGCACGUCGAGGUCAGAGAGCAGACAACUUGUUCUUGAGAGUUAUGCGGUGAUGAAGCGUUCGGUUGAUCCAAAGAAAGAUUUCAGAGAAUCAAUGGUGGAGAUGAUAGAAGAGAACAACAUCAAAGCUUCAAAAGACUUGGAGGAUCUUCUUGCUUGUUACCUUUCCUUGAAUGCAAAGGAGUAUCAUGAUCUUAUCAUCCAGGUUUUCGAGCAAAUAUGGCGUCAACUUACAAAAGCCAAGUAAAAAAAAACACUCUUAGUGUAAGGUUAACAUUCGUAUUAGCAUCAUUGUGCCUUGUGAAAUCCCAGUUUUUAUGUAUUUAAUUUGUUUUCUUUUUUUUUUUCUCUUUUCAUCAAGGGAACCAAAUAAUUGUAGUAGAUAUCUGUUGUGAACAGCUAUCGUUAGGUUGGAAGAAGAAUAGAAAAGAAAACGUAUUGAGUCAAAUAUCCGUUUAG